GUAAUGAAUUUCCAAUUGAUUUUACUUUCGUUUACCUCUACUGUUUUUUCUCACGGCUUUUUUGUGAUUAUGUAAAAAAUCUGUUAUAUCCUUACGAAAAGCUUAAAAUGAACCUGAUUCUCACUUUUUUAUCCUACAUUUGAAACAUUUGUAUUUUUGUUUUAUUCUUGUUAACGUUCUUGUUGUUACCAGGUAGCCUCGAAAUAUGCUGUACCAAUUAUACGCGAAUUCGAAGAUACGCGGGUUUCUAAAUUUGGGGUCCUUUCCGUUUUAAGUUCGUAGGCUGAAAUUUCAACCUGUCAGCUGUUUGCAUUGUAUAGCAGUUUUCGAGCAGCUAUCUAUGUGAGUUUAAUAUACAGGUUGGCUUAUCUCAAGAUGUAUGAAUAUAGAAGGCUGAUUUUUAUCGCUUCUGCUUCUGAAUGAAGAUUUUAAGAGUGUUUUGAGUAUUCGUCAAGCCUCAAGAAAGCUUGUUUGAACAAAAGUUUUCACCCAUCCUGUCCAAAAAUGAUAUUCAAAUUUAGUUAUAAAAACAUAGUAUGAGACCACCUGGACUACAUACACUUUGACUUUAGAUUCCACCACGUGAUCUCUUUAAUGCACCUUGGGAUAAAUGUAGACAACACCGUGUUUUCGAGCAGGUAUUCGAAUUUAAUUCUAGCUUUGAGGCUAGAAUAAUCUAGACUGAAAAUUGCAGGCUAGUUUUGUGUGUCGUUUUGUAUGGAGUGUUCACAUGAUUUCAGCCUCCAACUGUCAAACUCCAUACAAAAACCUGACUAGAAUCGUGAAGGGCCUCUUUGACAGUUCUAUGAGUAAAUUAUAUCAUAUCAAAUAAUCAGAAUCAUAAGCAAUACGGCAAAGCCAUUCCUAAUGAAUAAAAAUAAUAAUAAUAAUCAAAAUCCGAAUUAUAUCAAAUAACUAAUUAAGUGGUUGAAAUCAUCAAUUACCAUUUAGUUUUUACGAACAGCUUUUAUUUAUUUUUGGACAGUUACUUUUGACUAGUUAUUUUUAAAUAGUUACUCCUACUAGUGAACGUCAGCGAACCAGCUGCUAAUACAUUGCCAUUACAUUUUGUAGAUGGAAUUGGAAUCGGUGUGUCAAAAUGCGUUACAAAAGAAGAAAACGAGUUAAACAAGAAAACAUAUUCAUUGAAAUGAAAGGUAGAACAAACUUAGAUAAGCUUUUAUAGUAAGAGGAAUCGUUUCAGUUUUUCAAACUGUAAGAAAUGUUAAAAAUUAUUCGCAAUUAUUCAACAAAAAUAUGAAUGUGAAAUUCAAUAUCACGGCAAUGUCUACAUCCACGGAGUUCGUUUUUAUCUACGACUUAAUUCUACUUUCCUUUUUAUACAUGUUUCAAAGUGGUGCAACUGUAAAUAAAUAUAAAAAUGAAAAGUAUCCUAUAAACAAUUAGGCUAUACAGGUAGAUAGUACCUUUGUACCUUUGUUUCAUUUAUAAAAAUUAUUUUAAAAUUAUACACGUUUCUACCAAUCGUUCGCUAGCAAAUGUGAUCUGGCCGUCUAUGCUGAAAAGAACGUAUUCCUAGCCGUAGCCGAUGGAGGUGUGUCCAUUGCAGACUGGUUCUUUUACUUUCAUCGUAUUUUCGGUGACCAAUAUGUUGCACUUGUUGACUAUGUACUUGUUUAUCUUUUGCUUCUUUGUAUACUUGAUGUAGAUCAGUUUUGGCAAGUAAAAGUAGUGCAAUUUCGUGGUAGCCUUGUCUCAAGGACGUAUACCGAAGUCUCGAUUUCAACUUUAUCAAGCGUUGGAGUCUCCCAUUUUCACUGAGUAUAAAAGGCGUUGGUCACGAUAUCACACGUCACAGUCACACUGAACCUCAACUAGUAAACAAUCCUGCUCCAAUAAUGGCGUUCAAAUUCGUUCUGCUCGCUACUCUGGUAGCUGCCGCCAGCGCUGGUCUGCUUCCUGUGGCCCAUCAUGGAUCGAUCGCUACGUCUCACUCCACCAUCCAGCACCAUGCUGCUCCCGCUAUCCAUCAUGUCGGAUCGGUCCAUGCCGCUCCGGCUAUCUACCAGCACUCGGCCCCGGCUAUCUACCAGCACUCGGCCCCGGCUAUCGUCAAGACCAUUGCUCAGCCCACGAUCAUCAAGUCUGUAGAGCACCACGCUCCGGCCAACUACGAGUUCUCGUACUCCGUCCAUGACGAGCACACCGGAGACAUCAAGAGCCAGCACGAAACUCGCCACGGAGACGAAGUCCACGGACAGUACUCGCUGUUGGACUCCGACGGUCACCAGCGCAUCGUCGACUACCAUGCUGAUCAUCACACCGGAUUCAACGCCGUCGUGCGCCGUGAGCCAUCGGCUGUGAAGAUCGCUCAGCCCGUGCACAAGGUGAUCGCCCAGCCCGUGCAUGUGUCCAGCUAUGCCCAUGCUCCAGUAGCUCACGCCACUGUCCAGCACCACCAUGCUGCCCCGAUCGCGCACUACGCUGCCCCGAUCGCGCACCAUGCUGCUCCGAUCGCGCACCACGCUGCUCCGAUCGCGCACUCAACCUCCAGCAUCGUCCAUGGACCGAGCCAUCUGAGCCAUCAUCAUUACUAAGCGUUAAUUUAA